AUUUUAGAUUUAUGGGUUCUUCAAGCUGUGGCUAACACAUGCAACCAAUGUUCUCGAUCUCCUUCCCUCUGCCGCCGCAUCUCUGGGCUAUACACCGUGACGGUUUUAACAGAGGGCACCUACAAUCCGGUGGUAGUGAUACCUGCACCAGCCUGCAGCAUUAACGUCACAGAGUUCGGCUCCAGCAGGAAUUAUAUUG